UCUCUGUCACGGGGCCCACCCAGAACCGAACCCCGGCCGGCCGGCCGGCCGGAAGCAAAAGCCAUUGCCCCUGGCGGGCAUGGCAUGACCGGGCGCAGCACGGCACAAAUAAGUGCUUUCGAGUUGCGACGAAGCUGGCACCGUGUUGUGCGUCAGUCAGUCUGAGACAGUGCGUGUGUGUGUGUGAGGCGGAGGAGAUGGCGAGGCGCUUCGUGCUCAACACCGGCGCGGAGAUCCCCUCGGUGGGGUACGGCACCUGGCAGUCCAAGCCGGACGUGGUCGGGGACUCCGUCUACGCCGCCGUCAAGGCGGGGUACCGACACAUCGAUUGCGCCAGGGCGUACCGCAACGAAAAGGAGAUUGGUUUGGCGCUGCAGAGGCUAUUCGAAGAGGGUGUGGUGAAGCGUGAAGAAUUGUUUAUCACCUCUAAGCUAUGGCAUGAUCAUCAUGCUCCAGAAGAUGUGCCGGAGUCACUGGACAAGAGUCUGAACGACCUGCAGCUUGAGUACUUGGAUCUAUACCUUAUACAUUGGCCAUUUAGACUCAAGAAGGGGACCGACUGGAGUAGCCCUGAUAACUUUCUUCCACCUGACAUCCCAGCUACUUGGGGAGCAAUGGAAAAAUUAUAUGAUACUGGCAAAGCUCGCGCAAUCGGUGUGAGUAACUUCUCAACAAAGAAAUUGGGUGACCUGCUUGCCAUAGCUCGUGUACGUCCAGCUGUUAAUCAGGUGGAAUGUCAUCCGGGUUGGCAGCAAACUAAGCUCCAUAGCUUUUGUCAGUCAACUGGUAUUCAUCUCUCUGCGUACUCACCGCUGGGUUCACCUGGUACGGCUUGGAUGAAAAGUAACAUCCUGAAUGAACCAGUCGUCACCUCGAUAGCAGAAAAACUUGGGAAAUCUCCUGCACAGGUGGCGCUGCGCUGGAACAUUCAGAUGGGUCACAGCGUACUACCAAAGAGCCUGAACGAGGGAAGGAUAAAGCAGAAUCUUGAUGUUUAUGAUUGGUCUAUUCCAGAUGACUUGCUUGCAAAGUUCUCUGAGAUUGAACAGGUUCGGCUGGUCAGAGGCGACUUCACGGUUAAUCCAAAGAGCGUUUACAAGACCCUUGAGGAGCUCUGGGAUGGGGAAAUUUAGUAUCGAUCUUGGAGUUAAUCCUGAGCAGGGAGAAACCUAUAUUAGUGCCGGGCACUUGGCAUACACCUCCAUAUUCGCGCAUAGGAAAUGACGGUGGUUUUCAUCCCUAGUGUCACCGUGGAUGUUGAUCUUCUGUUCUGAAUGAAGCAGUUAAUCACCCUGGCAGGUGGCUGCAUUCUAUCCGAUCCUGUUCUUCCAGUACGUAUCUGCAUCAGACAAUUGGCAUCGCCUAUCUGUACACAGUUAUCUACUUAUACAAAGGAUAACUUAUUUGUGCCUGUGAAUAUGAUUAGCACAUUAACACUA